AUGGAGGGCGCCGAGCCCCGCGCGCGGCUGGAGCGCCUGGCCGAAACCGAAGCGCGGGCGGCGGACGGCUGCCGGCUGGUGGAGGUGCAGCUGAACGGCGGCGCACCCUGGGGCUUCACCCUGAAGGGCGGCCGCGAGCAUGGCGAGCCUCUGGUCAUCACCAAGAUUGAAGAAGGAAGCAAAGCUGCAGCGGUUGACAAGUUACUUGCUGGAGAUGAGAUCGUAUGCAUCAAUGACGUAGGUCUGUCAGGGUUCAGACAAGAAGCAAUUUGCCUGGUGAAGGGGUCCCACAAGAUCCUGAAGCUGGUAGUCAAAAGGAAGAGUGAUCCCAGCUGGAGACCUCACUCCUGGCAUGCCACCAAAUUCUUCGACGGCCACCCUGAGCCAACGGCCUCUCAGUUCCCCUGUGCCGGCAGCUGUCCUUCCUGGCACAGCAGGCACCAUGCCAGUUCUUCCUCCCAUGACUUGUCCGGCUCAUGGGAGCACACAAGCCUACAGCACACUUCCGACCACUUCAGCUCUGUGGGAAGCAUAGACAGCCUGGACCAUAGCUCGCAGCCCUACACAUCUGGACGCCUCUCAGCCUCCAAGUCCAAUAGCAGCAUUGAUCACCUGAGUGGCCACAACAAGCGGGACUCAGCUUAUGGCUCCUUCUCCACCUGCUCCAGCACCCCUGACCACACCUUGCCCAAGGCCGAUGCCUCUUCUACAGAGAACAUCCUCUACAACAUUAGCCUCUGGGAGGCAUCUAGGCCGGGCAGCAACCGACAAGGCCAGGCUGCAAAUGAUCCUCAGGGCCCAGAGGAUAGGCCACCAUGUUUCACACCCAGGGUCCCUUGUGACAGCAGUAAAAGCUCCAGGCAAGAGGACAUUGUUGAGCCCAAGAUGGCCACUUCUGGGAGAUCCAAUUUUGGGCCUGUCUGGUAUGUCCCUGACAAGAAAAAAGCCCCUUCUCCUCCCCCUCUUGCACCUCCUUUGCGUAGCGAUAGCUUUACUGUGGCCAAGGGCCAUGAGAAAGCCCUUGGGCCUCCAUUCUCAGACUCAGCUACUGUGCAGCACUUUACUGCGUUGCCUCGAGUGCAGCCCUGUGAAGACUGGAGACCAGAGCCUGCUGAUCGACAGUGGAGGCUGGCACGUACAAGCAAUGGCAAAGAAACAGGAAGUUUGAGUUACCUGCCUGAGGGCCACCUGGAUUGUGGUUGGUUGUGCUCUGAUGAUGGGACGAGUGGCCCUCCAGGGGCUUCGGGCGGGCUCCAGGCCUCCCUGUCUUACCAUGGGAACCAGCACCCACGCCAGUGCAGUGAGGAGAGUCCCAGGGUCUCCACGUCACCAGAGGAGCUGCCUCGUGUGACCCUUGGUGGAGGUUGGCAAGAACCUGCGCAAGGCAAGGAUGAAAGCCCUGCUCUGGUGAGAUGGCCUGGUCCUGCCAACCAGAAGGUAGACAAUGGUGAGCAAAGCCACUAUUUCUGUGUGCCCCGCAGGCCAUCCAUACAGGGGACUUCCCAGGUUGUAAUGCACCAAGGGGACUAUUGGUAUUCAGACACAACCCCUGUGACCCUCGAGUAUCCUCUCAGUUGCCCGGUGGGUCAGAACAUGAGGGGCUACCCACCUCAACAUGAGGAGCCCUUAGCCUCUCAUGACAGAGAGCGAUGUCACCCACUGGAUGCAGGGAUUGAAGGCUGCUGCUCAGGAAUCCAAGAGCCUCCCAGAGGCAGCCAUGGUGAGAAAGCCAGUCUGCAGUGUACAACUGAUAGCCUCAAGUGGGUGGAUGGAGAAGGCAGGAGAAUUUCUCACCAAAGGACACCCAUGCUGCACUCUUUGACCCAGGAGGGAUCACAGAGACCUGAGAAUAGGCAGGACUGUGGCAAUGAGAAGCUGCCACCGUUUGAUGCCCAGGUGGGUAAACCUGCACGGAGGAGUGACCGAUUUGCCACAACACUGAGGAACGAAAUCCAGAUGCGCAGAGCGAAGCUGCAGAAGAGUAAGAGCACGGUGACACUGGCUGCAGACAGCGAAGGUGAGGAAAGUGCUGGGGGAUGGAGGGCUGAUGUGGGAGCCACCCCAAAAGGCUCCUUCCCCAGUACCUACAAAGAGCACUUGAAGGAGGCCCAGACACGUGUCCUGAGGGCCACCUCCUUUCAGCGCCGUGAUUUAGACCCCACUCCAGGGGAGCAGUAUCCAGGGCCACCAGAGCACAGGACUUGGGACCACAGUGCCUCAUCUUCAUUGUCUUCUUUCCCUGGGGAGUCAGACUCUGUUUCCUACUUCUCUGAGGCAGGCCUGGCUAAGCCACCCUCAUCUGGAGGUGGCAUACCCCAUGUUCUUCGAAUUGGAGCCCGGAAACGGUUCACAGUGGAGCAGAAACUAAAGUCGUACUCUGAGCCAGAGAAAAUGAAUGAGGUAGGGCUCUCACAGGACCACAGUCCUCACCCUCAUGACAGGAUCCCCGAGGAUACUAUCGGCACAUUUGCUGAGAGGUGGAAAUUCUUUGAGGAAACAAGCAAAUCUGUUCCCCAGCAACCAAGCCACAGACAACCUCUCUAUGGGGUUCUGAGAGAGAAGGCUGAGAGACCAUGGACAGGGGGUCAUGGGUGUGAGGGCACUGAGUCCUGGUUCCAGAAGAGGUCACGGGCCACCUCCUGUGGAGAAAUCCUCAACAGGCACAGAAAAGUGGAAAAGGCCUCAGAGAAAUUGGACCCACCAAGAAGACUUGGAACCUUUGCAGAGUAUCAAGCAUCUUGGAAGGAACAGAGGAAGCCUCUGGAAGCCAAGAGUUCUGGACGAUAUCAUUCAGCAGAUGAUAUUCUUGAUGUAGGUCUAGACCAACACCAGAGGCCACAGUACAUCCAUGAACGGUCCCGGUCAUCACCAUCCACAGACCACUACACACAGGAAGUGCCUGUAGAGCUGCGCAGGCAGGCGGAGAACCCUAGUGGGCUCAGAGAAGCACUUCCCGGCACAGUGCGAAGUGAGGAGGGAUGCUCUGCUCUAAGACAAGCAGAUGCCCACUGCCAGGAAGUCAGUCCAGAAACAUUUCAGGACCUUCUGAAUCAGAACCCACCAACUCUGUCCACAUUGCCUGAAUUGUCCCACUCUCAGGAAGCCCCAGAGCCUCCACGGGAGGGCCUGGACCGAGCAGGGACUGUACCUCGAGAUUAUAGGCACUCGGAGGAGAGCACACCAGCAGACUCAGGACCCCAAGCCCAGGGUCCCCUUUCACCUCCACCUGCUCAGGAACACACCUCAAGGCCCGUGAGCACAGUCCUACUCCCUAAGAAGCCAGCCCCACCUCAGAGGCCUCCACUGCCUAAGCUCGAGCCCAGGAAAUACCGGGGACAGGAUAGCGCACCUGUGGAUGCUCACCUAACUGUCCCCAGCAGGUCCUUCCCAGCUCCAGCUGCGGAGUCUCUGGAUGUGUGUGUGACCUUCCUGUCCCACUCUCACGGCCCCUCUGAGCUCAGCAGUACCCAGCCACAAGAGAGCCAGCAUGUGAAUGAGGACACGUCUUGUUCUCAGCUAGAAGCCCUGCUCCCUUCUAAGUGCCGCCAUCUUCAGAUUUCCACCAUGGAAACCUCUCGCUCCCCUUCGCCUCAGUUUGCCCCACAGAAGCUAACAGACAAGCCUCCCCUGCUUAUCCAUGAAGAAAACUCAGCAAGAAUUGAGCGGGUGAUGGACAACAACACCACUGUGAAGAUGGUGCCCAUCAAAAUCGUGCAUUCAGAGAGCCAGCCUGAGAAGGAGAGCCGCCAGAGUCUGGCACGCCCAACUGAGCUCCCUGCACUGCCCAGUGGGUUGGAGAAAGACCAGAUCAAGACUCUGAGCACAUCAGAGCAGUGCUACUCCCGCUUCUGUGUGUACACACGACAGGAGACUGAAGCUCCGCAUAGAGCCCGGCCCCCAGAGCCCCAGCCUCCCAGUGCCCCUGCACCCCCCGUCAGAGAGGGCUGUGCCUCCCCUCCCUCCCUCAGCUAUGGGAAGGCCAAGGAGAAGACCAUGGACGACUUGAAGUCAGAAGAGCUAGCCAGGGAGAUUGUGGGAAAGGACAAGUCGCUGGCUGACAUCCUAGACCCCAGCGUGAAGAUCAAAACCACCAUGGAUCUGAUGGAGGGGAUCUUCCCCAAAGAUGAGUACCUCCUGGAGGAAGCUCAGCAGCGGAGGAAGCUUCUGCCCAAAGUACCCUCACCCAGAACCAAAGAGGACAAGAAGCAGGAGCCAGGCGUGCCAGGAGUUGUGUCCCUGGCUACCAAUUCCACCUACUACAGCACAUCAGCCCCCAAGGCAGAGCUGCUCAUCAAGAUGAAGGACCUGCAGGAGCCCGAGGAGUAUUCAGGAGGUGACUUGGACCAUGACCUAUCUGUCAAGAAGCAAGAGCUUAUUGACAGCAUCGGCCGCAAACUGCAAGUGCUCCGUGAAGCCCGUGAGAGCCUGCUGGAAGACAUCCAGGCAAACAAUGCUCUUGGGGAUGAGGUGGAAGCCAUCGUGAAAGAUGUCUGCAAGCCCAAUGAGUUUGACAAGUUCCGAAUGUUCAUCGGGGACCUGGACAAAGUGGUGAACCUCCUGCUGUCAUUAUCAGGCCGCCUGGCCCGGGUCGAAAAUGCCCUCAAUAAUUUGGAUGAGAGUCCUUCUCCUGGAGAUCGGCAGUCACUGUUGGAGAAGCAGAGAGUCCUAACCCAGCAGCACGAGGAUGCCAAAGAGCUGAAAGAGAACCUGGACCGUCGUGAGCGCAUUGUGUUUGACAUCCUGGCCAGCUACCUCAAUGAGGAGAGCCUGGCUGACUAUGAGCACUUCGUGAAGAUGAAAUCUGCCCUCAUCAUUGAGCAGCGAGAGCUAGAAGACAAAAUCCACCUGGGUGAAGAGCAGCUCAAGUGCUUGUUUGACAGCCUGCAGCCUGAGAGAGGCAAAUGAGCGGCCUACCCCUCAGAAGGUGGACACUGAGCCUCGGAGCUCUGUGCUUGGAAAUAGAAGCAAGAACCUCAGACUACUUGCCCAUCUCCUGCAGAGAGGCACACUCUGGAGCCACAAAGCUAGUAGAAAAGCAAUAAUGUCCUAUUGGUGUUUUAUGGGUUUUUGUUUCCAUUUCUUUUGGUUCCCUGAACAGAGUUUUGCAUCAUAAGUGACUUCACAAGAAGCCAGGCUCUUCUGGUUGGCGACGACCCUGGGAUGGCCAAUGGCUGGGCCCAAACUUGCCAGCAGUCUUUUGAAGAGGUCAUUCCUACCCUGUGCAGAUGCCAAAUGCGUCCUUAAGGUGCACAAGAGGAGACCCUUAUGACCCAGCCAGGCACAGGCUACUCUGUGCUUUGUCCUCACUCAUUCAACAGUGUCAGCAUCCAUCAUGUCUAUGAAAGGACGUUCUCUGCUCUGGCAAGCCAGUGAUGAUAAGUUAUUAAUGCAUAGGAAACACAAGUGUUUUCCUGGUGGUUAAAAAACAAUUGUUAAAUGACCAACUUGUGUGUUAUAUGUAUUCUUUUCCAGAUUAAAAUUACCACAUAGCUCAUGUGCAUGCUUUGAAACACAUGAUAUAAAUAACUGUUGUCCUUAUCACAGCUUAAAUAAUUUCCAGCUAAGUAACAUUACUUAGUUAAAAGUGUGUCCGCUAAUAAUAUUCUUGGUAUCUUUGUUUCCUGAGAUCUGUGGAAUAGUUUUUAAGUUGCUUUCCACAGAACAUUAAUAUGUCUGUAUAUGUUGUCCUUAGUGAUAAUUUUUGGCUUUCCUCUUGGUCUGUUACCUGUACCACAAGGGCCAUGUGCUAUGUACUUACUGUAAGACUCUGUCCUCUGGUUUGUAAGAGGUUCUGUGGAGUGACUAGUGCUUACACGAGAAACGUUUUCAAGAUUCUGUGCCGCUUAUCAGUUGAAAUGGCAAGAUGUUAAACGGAGUCUUAUUCAAACAACACUCUUGUCCUUUUGGUUUCCAGUUGACAAGACAGACACUGGGAGAAAAUAGGUGUAAAUCAUCUGUCUUGAUUUGUUGUUUGUUUUUUGUUUGUUUAGGCUUUUGGGGGUUUUUGUUUGUUUGUUUGGU